CCACUCUGCCAUCGACCACUCUGCCAUCGACCGGCUCUGCCAGAACUGCCAGAACUGCCAACAUGUCAUCCUAUCUCGACCGGGUCAACUCCAACCGCAACGCCGAGGAGAACCACCCGCUCAACUUCCUCCCGUCCGCCAUCCGCAACGUCGUGUCCGCCAUCGUCCCGGACUCGAUCGAGCACACCGUCGGCUCCUGGGUCGAGUAUGAGCGCAUCCACCAGGAGGUCCAAGCCGAGAUCGAUGGCAAGCACCCAGCGCAUCCCGAGCUGCUCAAGUCGGCCACAGUCUCCCACGAAAACUCUAUCCCGGAGGAGGAGCAAGAGUUCCGGCGCGAGCGCAAGGCCUUCAUGAAGGAUGCCUUUGCCAGGUUCAUCGGUGUUUCUCCGGAGGAAGUCCACGUUGACGACAUUCCCGUCAUUGCCGUCACAGGAAGCGGCGGCGGUUUCAAGGCCAUGAUCGGUACCACAGGAUAUCUCAAGGGCAUGCACGACUCGGGACUGUUCGACUGUGUCAUGUACAUGGCCGGUGUCAGUGGGUCCUGUUGGACACUCUCCAACUUUUACACCGCUGCCCGCUGCUCAGUGCCGGCACUCUUGGAACACUACAAGCAAGCAUUGGUACCCCAUCCGGCCAGCCCUAUCCACAUCCCAAACAUCCUCUCAAAGGACAUCCGCCACCGCGUGCGUCUCGCCUUUGACGGCAUGACCAUCAAGCGCAUUUCCCAGCUUCCUCGCGGCGUGGUCGACACCUACGGCUGUCUCAUGAACUGCCACUUCCAAGGCGACUAUUGGGAAGGUGCCUGGGAGCCUGACCACUUCCGACUCAGCCGCCACGCAAAGUACCUCAAGGGCGGCAAGGCCCCGAUGCCCAUUUACACCUGCAUUCGACACGAGCGGCCCUGGGCACGCAAAUUCGACCCCGACCUUCCGCGCGAGGAGUGGGAGCAGCUACAGAAGCAGUACGAAAGCAACGAGGAUAAGAACCAUCUGGCCGGCUCCAAGGAGCACGCGCACAACGAAUCUGCUUGGUGGCAAUGGUUCGAAAUCACGCCCUUCCAGGUGGGCUGCGACGAGCUCCAUGGCUGGGUUCCGACCUGGGCGUUUGGGCGACGGUUCGUCAACGAUGUGUCUGUGGAGAACCUUCCCGAGCAGAACUUUUCACUCGUCGUCGGCCUGACCGGAAGCGCCAUGUGUGCGCCCUUCACUACCACGGUCCAGACUUUCCAGCGCAGUGAGACAACCUCGCACUUCCAGGAGAAGAUGAAGGAGUUCCUGGGCACUCUCAUUCAACCGGAUGCCAACCCACUUGUAAAGCAGUUGCUUGCCAUUCAUCCGUUCCACUCGUCCUACAACUGGAACUUCCUUUACGAGGAUACACCCGAGAAAACGCCGCCUGGCGUCCGAAACUCCAAGCGUAUCCAGCUGAUCGAUGCCGGUGCGGACAACAACCAGCCUCUCUAUCCGCUCACACGCCUCGGCCGCGACGUUGAUGUUGCGUUCGUUUUCGACUCGAGCGUCGACGUUGAGCGAAACAUCGUGACUCCCGAUGUCGAAACGUUCGCCAAGCGAAAGGGAUUGAGUGUCACCCUUCGCAGCCCCCCACCAGCACCCCAGGAAUCGCUGCCCGCGAAUGUGCCCAAGCCAAAGAACACGGCAGAGUCGCUCCGCCAAAAAUACGAGAACCGCUACUGCCAGGUCUAUCAGCUGGAUCCCAUCGAUCCUGCAGGCACGCACCCGGAGUAUGGCAACCCACUUGCCAGCAAGGGCUUCCAGAUGCUCUACAUGCCGAUUCUGCCCAACCCAGAGGUGCCCGAGUUCGAGCCCAACAGCUUUGGGUUUGGCCAGCUGCAGUACACCUCAGAACAGGUCCAAGAUCUCGCCAAAUGUGCCUCUCUCAACUGGAAGCAAGAAGAGGCCCGUAUCCGCGAGGUUUUGCGUUCCGUCUGGCAGGAGAAGCGCCGGGCCAGACUUGCCGCGCAUUGAGCCGUCGGGCCUGUCCUGGUUGGCUGCAUCCGUGCCCCCUCCCCUCCUCUGGGGCGGUACACGCUAUAUUCGAGUCUAUCGAUGGCG